UGUUUUUGUAGGGUAUCAUCACCUUAUUUUAAUUGAGGCCAUUCUUCUCUCACUCACUCUCUCUCUCUCUCUCUUGCCUCGCCUGCAUUAAAUGAUAUCUCUCUCUCAUCUUGGGCGUCCAAAAUUCGAAUUUGCUUUUCUUCUUGUUUACUAAGUGAAGAACACGAGAAGCCCGUCGUUAGUUGUACGGUUGCAGUAAGAAUCAAGAAAUAUCAAACUCCCCACGCGAUCCAUCACUUUCUCUGUUAGUUAUAACUUCUCCAGCGGCCAGCCGCCCGGACGGACUUUUAGCUUCCACUUUUUUCUGACGCCGGCGACGACAAAUCCAACGCCGGCCUGAUUGGAUCAAAUAAACAUUUAAAAUGCCGCAGGAAAUGAGCAACUUGAGUUCUGCAUUUAGCAAUUAUAGUCCUGGAGGGAAGUUGAGAGGACUCAAGAGUUUGGUCCAUUCUGAAGAUACCUUCAAUGACCUUGACUUUGCUCAAAGAAAAGCUGAAGAAGCAGCCGCAAGGAGGUACGAGGCGGCGGAAUGGCUGCGUCAGAUGGACCACGGUGCACCAGCGGUCCUGCCCAAAGAACCCACUGAAGAGGAGUUCUGUUUGGCUCUUCGCAAUGGCCUCAUUCUCUGCAAUGUCCUCAACAAAGUCAAUCCCGGAGCAGUUCACAAGGUGGUUGAAAUUCCAAUGGUGGAUGUGUCCUGUGAGGGUGCUGCCCAGUCUGCUAUCCAGUAUUUCGAAAAUAUGAGGAAUUUUCUUGUUGCUGUUGGCCGAAUGCAGCUUCUUACAUUUGAAGCAUCUGAUCUUGAAAAGGGUGGCUCAUCCAGCAAAGUUGUGGACUGCAUUUUAUGCCUGAAAGGGUACUAUGAAUGGAAGCAAGCUGGAGGAAUUGGAGUUUGGAGGUAUGGUGGAACUGUGAGGAUCACAUCAUCCCCUAAGGCAUCCUCAUCUUCAUUUGCUGGCAGCGAUAGCGCGGAUGAGUCACUGGAUGAUUCUGAAUCGUCUAAUUUUGAACAACUACUGGAGUUUCUGCAGCUACCUAGUGAAUUCUCGGCUGAAGAAUCCAGUGCAGCCAAUGCUAUGGCCUUCUUCUUUGAUCGCUUUGGUCUUAGUCUUCUAAAAGCUUAUUUAACGGAACGAAAUGGGAUUGAAGAUUUGCCUUUGAAUUCAAUGGUGAUUGAUGCUGUGCUAAGGAAAGCCGUAAGGGACUUAUCUGGAUUGCUGGUUUCUCAAAGCAAUCAGCUUAGAGUGCUACUCAAGCAAAUAUUGGGUGAUAACUGCAGUCCUAUAUCAAGAUCUGAAUUUCUGGAAGCCAUAUCUAAUUACCUUAGCCAUAGAACGAGUUUGAUCUCAAGUGAUAUCUCCAAAUUCUGCAUUUGUGGUGGAAAACGUGAACUCAGCUUGCAUAGCAUCAGUUAUUCAGCUAGUAAUGAAGUAGUUGAUCUCCACCAAAAAGAGUUAGAGGAACUGAAAAACUUAUAUAGAAGGACAAGGCUAGAAGUCCUGCAUUAUCAGUCAGGGUGGGAGGAAGAAUUUAGACGGUUUGAGCACCAUAUUAAAGGCCUUGAAGUAGCUGCUGAUUCUUAUCACAAAGUUUUGGACGAAAACCGUCAGCUCUAUAAUCAAGUUCAAGACCUUAAAGGGACCAUUAGAGUUUAUUGUAGAGUGAGGCCUUUUCUGCCUGAACAAUCUGAUACACAGUCCAGUGUAGAUUACAUUGGAGAAAAUGGAGACAUCAUGAUAGUCAAUCCUCAUAAGCAUGGCAAAGAUGCAAGGAAGAUUUUCACUUUCAACAAGGUUUUUGGAACUCAAGUGACUCAAUCACAAAUAUAUGCUGACACUCAGCCAUUGGUUAGAUCCGUUCUUGAUGGUUACAAUGUUUGUAUUUUUGCGUAUGGACAGACUGGCUCGGGAAAGACAUAUACAAUGAGUGGCCCGGAUAUGACUACAGAGGAUACCUGGGGUGUGAAUUAUCGUGCAUUGCGUGAUCUGUUCUACAUUUCACAGACUCGAAGUGACAUUAUAGAAUAUGAAGUAGGAGUACAAAUGAUCGAGAUAUACAAUGAACAAGUGAGAGAUCUAUUGGUCAUUGAUGGGACUAAUAGGAGAUUAGACGUACGCAACAAUUCUCAACUUAAUGGCCUGAAUGUUCCUGAUGCAAGUCUGAUUCCAGUUAGAUGUACCGAAGAUGUUCUUGAUUUGAUGAAAAUCGGACAAAAAAACCGUGCUAUUGGUGCCACUGCUCUAAAUGAGCGGAGUAGCCGUUCUCAUAGUAUUCUAACGGUUCAUGUUCGAGGAAAAGAACUGGUAUCGGGAUCUAUACUGAAGGGUUGUCUUCACCUAGUUGAUCUAGCUGGAAGUGAAAGAGUGGAUAAAUCAGAGGCCGUUGGCGAAAGAUUGAAGGAAGCUCAGCAUAUAAACAGAUCGUUGUCUGCAUUGGGGGAUGUCAUAUCUGCUCUUGCUAAGAAAAGUUCACAUAUUCCUUAUCGAAAUAGCAAGCUCACUCAAGUAUUACAAGAUUCUCUAGGAGGCCAGGCAAAGACCUUGAUGUUUGUGCAUAUAAAUCCCGAUCUCAAUGCAUUGGGAGAGACAGUCAGCACUCUGAAAUUUGCUGAGAGGGUUGCCUCUAUUGAUCUUGGGGCUGCUCGAUCUAGCAAGGAAACUGGUGAAAUUCGAGACAUGAAAGAAGAGAUCUCGAACUUGAAGUUAGCGCUGGAGAAGAAGGAAGCCGAACUUGAACACUUGCAAAAAGGUGUUAACACCAGAGGCGCAGCAUCACCUCUUCGUAUGCAUAGGAAUGGUGCAAAUUCUAGCUUCAAACCGGAAUCUAGUCAGCUAUCUGUUGAUGAAACUCGAAGCACUGAGGUCAGAAGCUCUUCCUCAGGUAAACAGCGAAGGUCGCCAUUCCCUUCUAAGUUUAUAGACAAGGAUUCUAUACCAAAAAUGUCAUUAAUUACUGAAGAGGGACCGGUGCCCUCAAAUAAGGCAAGAUCACCUUCUCCUCCAGUUAGAAGGUCAGUAUCGACCGAUAGAGGCGCCCAUAUCAAGAGUAGGAUCAAGCCUGAGAUGAGUGAAAACCCGCCAGUUAUGAAACUACCCUUUCCUGCUAGAGUUCCUGUCACUGUCAAUAAGUCUCUUACUGGUGUACCCUCUAUAUUUCCAUCGUCGGGUAGCUUGCAAGGACCUCACGGUUCACGAGGGUCGUUGAAGCAGGAAAAUAUCACCGAUGUUCUUUACAGCCUCCAAAGGAUGAAUGUGGGAAAAAUUCAACCAGACACUGAACAAGAGCAGUUUAAGCAAGUGCUUAAUGUAAGGCAAGGCGGAAUUAGAAAAGGCAAACAUGAUGGCAAGGCAAAGGCUAAGCAUCAGUUAUCGACUAAAAUACAGAUAACAUCAGACGUUUCUGUGACAUUGCUAUCUGAUGGGAGCUCGAUGGAUGAGGCUCAGAGAAGUGAUGCUUCCGAGGCUGAGAAUGACCACUACAUACCUGUUGGAUCACAUGCCGGUACCAUAAGGAUGACGAAGAACCUUCCAAGGAGCUUCUCAAGAAACUCUCAGAAUGUUGAACCAAGGGAAAUGACACAGAGAAUGGAAAGCUUAUUGGAUAAACCGUCAUAUACCAAUAACAUUCUACCUAAUAUGAAGGAGCCAGGUAUCUCGUUUAUUCCUGAAUUCAGGAAACCCAAUGACAAGCCUUCAAACGGAACCAGCACCCUAAGGAGUGCACGAGAAGUGAACAACUCAUCGGCUCCUGAGAUGAGGAGGAGCCGAUCUACACCACGAGGGAAAUUUAUGGUUUAACCACGAGAAAAAUUUUCAUCUUGAGGCCAUUAUUUUGGAUCCAUUAUAUCACACUCGAGAGUUCUUGUACAGCCUUUCUUAUACUUAUAUAUACUUUGGAGCCCUUGCCCCGUACGCACUUAAAGAAGGUUAGGAUGUUGAAGUUGUUGGAGUUUGGAAACAAUCAUUUGGCUCUUGAGCCAACUUUAAACGUUGUGUACUGUAGUGUGAAACUGUCGCGUUUUAGAGCUUGUUGGUGUGCAUAGAUACAAAGUUUUGUGUUCUUUUACUUGUAGAAAGGGUAGAAUGAAAAGCCUCUGGAAGAUGUAUGAACAUGGAAAGUGUUUUUAUGUGAAAAUGAAAGUAAUGGGAGAUCAUCCAAUCUAGUAUA